AUGGACGAUUAUCGGGCGGCCCCUAUGAGCGGCAGCGACGUUGUUGGAACCAUGGGUAGUAACAGCAAGCCUCCUAGUCGGAUGUCAGGGCUUGCAAAACUCCUCGACCGCAAAACAACUGACACCAGGCUUAUGUUCGAGGGUGGAUGUGACAUGUAUCUCCACAUGCCUAUUCUUAGGGCAAAAUCGGGGUACUUUGCCAGUUUGUCCGAGUUUGUGAAAAGGCAGAAUGCGGAUGGCAGCGAAACUUUGUUCUACCAAGUGGCCGCGGCUGACAUCACCGAUCAACCUGAAGUUCUGCGCCGCAUUAUACUCUACCUGUACACCCACCGCCCAUCGGACCUCGCCAUCACAGUCAAAACAGUGUUCUGCUAUGCCAAAUUGAGCGAUUUUCUCGAUUUAUCCGACCCACGCGACAUUAUGACCUCCGUUGUCGAUUGCCUACUCCACCAAACUGAGCCAUGCUGCUAUCCGAUGCUGUUCCGCGCGUUCCAGCGUGCCGAACUACCUGUCGACAACAUGCUCCAUAUUUUCAAGAAGAUCAUAGACAAGCAGGAAGCUGGUGGCGACGAGAUCUGCCGAGUGACCAUGUCGCUUCCUGUGCUGUGGCUCAUGGCUGAAGAGCACGGGAUGGAGGUUGAUGUCCACCAACUAAGGAAAGGAGCUCGAUCGGCAAUUGGGAAAGUCGGGAGGUUUCGUUUGAUCGAGGCUUCAGAAUGGCCCUCGGAGUGGUUUGAAUGUGAUUUACCGUGCUUCAACGAAGCGUUUGAGGAUGUAUAUGGAAGGCUCAGGGCCACAUGA